CAUUCUCACUCGCCAUGAUGAAUUCUACCUGCUAACACAGAGCUCUAUUUCCCGCUCGCUGCCAUGUUCUCCACGCCCCGCCCUAUUCUCAAGCGCGCCCCGUCGCAGCACCCGCCCCUCGCCGUCCAUUUCCCUUCGUCCCCGCUCCUCACCCGUACCUUUGACGCCCAUCCUCGCGAGUCCUAUGACCGCUCACCUAUCGUCGUAGCACCCAAUUCGUGUGCCCUGCCAGAACGUGGUGGGCGCUGCUACACUCUCGACGAUAGCCAGGCCUUUUACAAGGGCCUGCAUCCUCGCGCCCUAGCCACCGUCCCAGAUCUUAUCCCAGACCUUUCUGGCUCCAGUGAUGAGAGCGACGGCAUAGCAAGCCCUCCGCCUGAGGCAUAUUAUUUCCCCCGCGCUUCGACCCCGAAAAAGUCAAAACCCACCUUCUCCGACGACCUCCCAUUCCCCCCUUCUCCCCAGACGAAGAAGAAAUGUGCAGCGAAGCGGCGGGCCAUCUGUAAAGCCCGGGAACGGGAACGAGAAGAGUCUGGUGGUUGUCUGGAUGGCUUUUAGUUGUUGCAGGAACAGAGUUGCAGUCCGAGCAGUAUUCUUAUUUUAUUUUUUUUUUU